CGAAGUUCGAUCGAAAGCUAUCAACACCUCCGUCUGUUUCACAGAGAAAGACAUUCCAUAUUAUUGAAAUUCCCUUGAUUAUGACAUCUUCAUUCGAACCAUCAUUUUCAAUGAGUGGUCUGCGACCGCCGCUCGCGUCAGCGGAUGCGCCUUCGGUGGCAGAUUCCCUUCCAAGCAUCAACUUCGGGUUUGAAGAUCUACGGAAUCGUAUGGCUCAAUUUACUGCCAAAUUUGAUGCAUUUAUUGAGCGGGGGCGGAAGCAAGUUCUUGAAGAGAGAAAUCAGUUUAGAAUUAACAUGGCAGAGCUUCAGGAGGACCAGCGGAUGAAACAACGAGAUAUCGAAAUUCUCGAUCUCAAAUCCCAGACCCAUUCACAAACUCUUCAAAAGGAGGCUGCAGAGUCUGCGGAAAUGCAUGCUGCAAUAUCCUCGAUAGCAAUAGAACAUGAUUCACGUCUUGCUAAGCGUGAUCGACUCAAGCAGCAGAUUGCCGAAACCCAGAGGGCAAUCAAUCAGAAACUGGAAGCCCAGAAAGCUCAUGCUCAGCAUCUGGACGCCCAAGCACGUCUUAAUGUUCCCGAACUUGAAUUCUGGCAGGACUAUCUCUGCCUACGAAUUGAAGGGGCCGGUAGGGAAGACCGGUUGAAGUUCGUCUACACUCAUUUGCUCGAAAAGGACUGGGAAACAGAAGCCUGGUUUGAACUCGGCACUACAAGUCGUGAUUACGAGGUCUUCCAUACUCGCCCUAAACUCGGACGGGAUGCAGUUGAGCGAGAGCUUAAUAUUCUUAAUGAAGAUCGGGACUUUGGCGCAUUCUUGAAACGGAUGCGCAAAUUGUUUGUCAAGGAGAUGAAGUGA